CAAAACCCCACCGGCCGGCGUCGUCGACGAUCUCUCUCCGAUAACAGCCGACUUCCGAUCACGUUGAGAAUGAGCAAUCAACGACUAGAAUCUCUUCCUCCAACGGAAACCCUAGAAUUGGACAACGGCCUAUCUCUCCUUACCCGAGUGAAACUUCUCCUUACCGUCAACCGAGCCGACUUCUCUAUCAAGCCCUUAGACGAAUGGCUUCUCAAGAGCUCUCUGUGCAACUUCCUUAAGACCUCCUCUAUUGUCGUCACUGAGGCCGAUAUCCAGCUGCGUCGAUUCAAAGACAUCAAGAAACGUAAGCGCGAAGAUCCAGUCGCCGAUGGCGCCCUCUUCAUCCGCGACUCCAAUUCUCUCACCAAGGCCUUACCUUCACAAGCAAGCGAUGUCUCGGAUGUCAUGGCAUUGGAGAGGAAGUUUCUAGAUUGGAGAAGGUCACUUGUGAAGAAGAUGGAUGGUAUUGAGCUAAAUCUCGAGGGAACUAAAUUUAAAUUGACGGUUUCCAUGCCCAAAUCAGAUGAUCUUGAGGGGAUGAGAAAAGAGUGGGAAGAAUUUUAUGCUUUUGGCUCCCGAGGUCAUAUCAGGGGUGGGAAACAUGCACCUGACACGAUUGUGGUGAGAGGCCUUCCAUCUCGGUGGUUUGCUGAGCCUCGUGUUUCAGCUAAGCCUUCUAUGCUGGUUACCCACACAAUUUUUUCGACAUUUGGAAAGAUCAGGAACAUUAAUGUUGCCGAGGAUCAUGAUCUAGGAAAGAAUGGGGAUGAAGAUAUUCUAGACAUAGUUUCUGGUCUCCAAUGUAAAAUUGUGGUUCAAUUUGAGAAAGAGAAGGACUUCUGCAAUGCUCUAAGAGUCCUGUGUGGCCGCUCUAUGCAGAAGGAAGGAUCAAGCUUGAGAGCUGAUUAUGAGGUUACCUGGGACAAGAACGAGGUUUUCAGGAAUUCUAGAAAUGAAUCAUCUCAAGAGAAGAGUAGUCGGCUGUCAACAUUACCUUUCUCACGAGAUUACAGAAAUGAGGCCCCGCGAAACCUAUUCCGACAGAAUCUUUCAGGGCUAAGCCCAGAAAACUCACGGCCAAAGAGAUUUAAGGAAUAAAAUGCCGUUUUUUCAAGUGGAAGUCAUCUUGAAUCUCACCCAUAUGGCCAAAUCAAGUAUGAGCUAUCAUUUUGAUUGGAUUGUUUUGAACUUGAUUACUUAUCAUCUCCCCCUCUUUAAAGAAAAUUGUAUCAACAUCUGUAGAAAUUAGUACUAGUAAGUAGUAACAACCUUUUGGGCUUAUUUAUUUGUUUUGAAAUUGGAGAAUUUGGAAAUCUGAUAACUUGGAAGUUAUAGAACUCUGUUUGUAGAUGCAA